AUUACUACUAGCAUUUUGUAGAAUAGAAAAUAAUAAUAAUAAUAAUAAUGGAGCAGGAGAAGGGCAAAGGGAGCGAGGAGAGAUGGGGCGGAGCCAUAGCCAAUCUAACGGAGAUGGCUUUGAAUCUGGAUUCUCUGCAAAAACUGCUUCUCAAGAAAGCUGUAUUUGUCGAUGAAGAUACCUUUGCCAAAGCCUCUCUAACCUCCGAACAAGCCCGAACAAUUAAGGUUCUUGAACAAAGAGUGGAGACGCUGGAAAGAGAGGUGGAUGCUGCAAUCACAGCAGCUGCGCGUGCUCGUUCCGAGAAACGACAGGCCGAGGCGGCGCAAAAGGCUGCCGAAUUGCGUGCCCAGGAGGUUACAAAAGAGCUUGAGAACACCACAAAAGUAUUCGAACUGCACACGGAAGAGUUGCGAGCAAAGCAAGAAGAAAUCUCUAAGCGUGAUAAGGAAAUUAAACUCCUUGAAGCUAUAAUUCAGACGCUUGGUGGAAAGGAUUCACGCUCUACCGUCGGAUGAAAAAAGCUCGUUAUCUGAUUAUACUACGUAUCACAUUUUUCUCUGUGGUUUUUCUUUUUUCUUUUUUCUUUUUUUUGUAAUGUAAAGAGAAACCCAAAUCCUUUAAUGUCAUUCUAAUUAUAAAAUUGGUAUGUAUUUUCACAAGAAAAAUGGCUGUUUUAAUGUGAUAAAGAGGAAGAAGUUUCUAUCAUUUUGUUAUUUGUUGGCCAAAUUGUAAUAAGAUUCGACUUUGUAGGA